GGGUUUGCGUAUUAACUACGGUAUAAAGGCUGUAUUUUUCCCGAACGAGGCUUAUCGCAUCACAAACUUAGUACAUAAUAUUAUCACUUGUAAGAUUAUGAUUAACCAUGUAAUGGAUGUAAAAUACAUAAAAUUAAAAUUUCAAUCAUGGUUGCAUCGAUUCGAGCCGGCGACUGCAAGAUUGUAUGUUCUUACUAUGUUUAUUUUUUAUUGUUGGCGUUGCAUCGACAUGUACAAAUAUGUACAUAGGUACAAACUUCGUAGUUAAUGGAAGGUGUUCUUUCUCAUGAAGUCACCUAGCAGUCUUGGUCAAGACGCUGUCAACAUCGCUGGUUGAUACGCGUGUUUUGUGCCCGGAAAUGGGCUUUUCCGUUUGUGUCAUCGGCAGCGUGCAGCCGACGUUUAGUUGCUGUCGUGACCAUUGUCGGCUUUUUCUGGGGGAUCUUUCCUGUACGAGCACCUAGUUCAUAAAUCGUUUUAACGGACGUUUAUAAGAAUUAAAACGUUUCACACAUAAGUUUUAGGCUUAAUGUGCGCACAAUUUUGUUUUACCGGAUUGUUUGCUGUGCUUGGUACAGCUUCGAAAAGUUUUUUUUCGAUCUUGGGGAUCUAAUUCUCCUUUGGACAUUUGAAGGGUGUUGGCAUUGAGUGCAGACGCUGUGCAGUCGAGCAUUUCUUUAUGAACACGAGAUCCAUUUGGAUAGUUGGGACAAUAUGGCUUCGCAGAAUCGGCGUUUCCGGGAACCAUGGGAAGUGCUUCGGCAUCUGCACCGGGGCUCGUCGGAAGUGGACUGGUGCGAGAGUAACUACGUGGUGUCCCCCACCAUCGCCGAGUUUGUCAAUACCGUCAGCAACAUUUUGUUUAUUGUUAUCCCGCCGCUGCUCAUCGUCCUUUUCCAGCAGUAUGCUAACAGUGUUAAAAACAAGGAUAUCUACCUGAUUUGGACGCUGCUCAUUGGGGUCGGCUUGGCCUCCGCAUAUUUCCACGCCACCCUGAGCUUCGCCGGGCAGAUGUUAGACGAGUUGGCCAUCCUGUGGCUAAUUUGUGCCGGUUUCGGGAUCUGGAUGCCUCGGCGCUAUCUGCCGUCGUAUCUCCAAUCUAACCGCCAUCUCUUCAAGUGGACUAUGUUCGGACUGACGGUGUUUGGCAGUGUGCUAGCCUGUGUAAAACCAGUUAUCAAUGCUUUCGCGCUGAUGGCGUUUGGAUUGCCCAUCACUGUUCUUCUCGUUAUUGAGAUGCGAAGAUGUCGCAAUGCCCGUAUCCAUCAACUGGCCUCGCGUACCAUGGCCUUAUUUGCCGCGGCUGUUAUCUGUUGGAUUAAUGACAGACUCUUCUGUGACGUGUGGACGAGAUUACAUUUUCCUUAUCUGCACGGAUUUUGGCACAUCCUGGUGUUCCUAGCUUCCUACGCUUGCUGCGUUCUCUUCGCCUACUUUGACGCCAAAGAAGUGGCACCACAACUGGCGCCCCGGUUACGGUACUGGCCUGUGGACACAUUUGAAUUUGGGAUUCCUUACGUGACCCUCGAUGAGACGAGCGAGGAUCAGUCGCUGGCAAAACUCCAUCACUUUUGAUUGGAACCCGAAAAAGAAUGAGACGUGACCCGGUGUGGUCUGACUAGCACGUUACCAAAAAUAAUAAUACGUUUCUCUCCUAAUUAGUUGAAUCAGUACCGUAUGUCUGUGAUCUCAUUAAGAGUCCAGUGCAAAAUUGCGUUUCAAACUGGAUGUAUUUACUCAUGUGGAUGUGCUGUUUAGAAAUUAAUCAUUCUUCUUUUAUUGUCGUCACGCGAGACUUUGUUGUAGACCUGUAGUAUACCCUAUCUUUUCUUUUUAAAUAAAAACCCCAGUUAUAUAUUCGCAAAAUGCGCUAU